AUGAAUUGGGCUGUGGGUGCUAAUUGUUACCUACUUCGGGCUGUUCUCACACAUGGAAAAAACUGGGACCUUGUCAGUGAGUCAUUAAGAACGUCUUGCAAGACGUUCUUGAAAGAUGAAAAUGUACAGGAUCUCUCAAAACAGAGUUGUUCGCUUCAAUAUAAAUAUAUUAUUGCAUCCGCACGUCAAAGAAAUCCAGGCGAUUUAACAGAGAGCCAACUCUUAAACAUUUCAUUAGAUCAUUAUACUACAUUGAGACGUGAGCAGUUGCAUGCUGCUCGGUUGGAGAUCUUGCGGGCUAUGAAGAUUGAGGAAGAGGAUGCAGAAAAGUUGCGACAAGGCCGAUAUUCUGAAAUACCUCCAGACCGGUUACUGACCUAUAGAAAAAGAUGUCGUGCGCUCGGGAUUCCGGACAAAAUAGGUCGUUGUUUAGAUAUGGAACCGUUGUCUCCUGUUUCAGAGGAAAAUGACCGAACUGUCAAGAAGCUUCCCACUACACUACAACGUCCAAAUACUAAAAUUGAGAAAGAAACAAUUGACCAGAAUGGUGGUAUCUGGAUUCCUGUCGGAACCCCUUUUAUUUAUGGGCUAUUCGAAGAGAGAUGUGAUUACAUUCAGGAAUCAUCAUUAGCCAACUUCAUACGUGCUCAAGCUAUUAUUUCACAAAGACUGGGUUUCGAAGGACAUGAUGAUGAAAUCUCAAGUCUAGAUACUACAUCAUCCAUCCAGACUCACUCAGAGGUUACAACUAGCCAUAAUCAAGAAGUCAAAGUCGAAGAGUCACCCAGAGCUUCUGAAGAGCUUAAUAACUUAGAUAGUGACUCAAGCAAAAUAAGAAUACAAACAAGCCCUUCCAAGUGUUUGGAGAUCCUGGAUGAACCAAUUACUCCUAGUAGUUCCGCUCUUGUAAGUGACUCAGAAACACUGGCUUCUCCGCACUUUACUCAGAGCCUUAAUUCAAGUCCUGCACUAAGUCUUGCGGAAACUCAAUCACCAUCCUUUAAAGCCGUUAAUCUGAACCGAAAACAUAAUCAUACAAAGAGGAAGAUAUCGACUCCUGCUCCUGUUUAUCAAAACCAAGUGGGAGAGUUCACUUCAGCUCUCAGUCCCUCAAUAUCUACCAGUCUCAAUAAUGAUGAACUUACAGAUACAUCUCAGUCAUCAGUUUGUGUGGCUCGACGAUGGAGAAGAUCUCUUCUGUCAGCACUUUCUACGGUGUACAGCCAUCGUCAUGCUUAUGUGUUUAUGCAUCCUGUAACUGAAGAUAUAGCUCCCGGGUACAGUACUGUUGUUUAUGAGCCAGUGGACUUAACGUCCCUUAGGCGCCGUAUGGAGUCGUCACUCAGUUACUUGAUCAGUUCUCAGCAGCCUUCUGCUCUAAAUCCAUCUGUUUCUUCUUAUCGAGUUAUCAUUGAGAUCGCAAGACGUUUCAUUCGUGAUCUUUUGCUAAUGUUUAUGAAUGCAAGAAUGUACAAUAGUCAAAAUCACGAAGUCCACCGAAUGGCUGGGGAGAUGUAUCAUGACGUCAUUAGUGAACUUCAACCUCUUUGGUCUAUUAUGGCUGAGGAUAUUCCAGGAUUCCCAUCUCUGCCUUUAUUGAAUCUAACUCCUCCACAGACUACGCGUUCCUUACAGCAAUCUAUUGUAGUGUCGACUGCCCCAACUACUAGUCCUUCACAUCCUGCUUCAUGUGUGCUUAAAGAUGAGGAGUCGAAUGCUAGCAAGCAGUCUUCUAGUUUUUUCAUCAAGCAAAACAAACGUUCUGCUCCUGAAGGUUCGUCUCCUUCUAGUCCACUGCCUCGUAAACAUCGUCAUUCGUCUGGAAGUGAUUCUGCAGUCGGAGCUAUUACAACGCGAUCUAAAUAA